GCUGUUGGUGCCCUGUUGCAACAUAGACCACCGUACAACAGUUCCGCCUUUUUUUUCUUCUUUUUUUUCCCAAAGCGCCUAAUGACAAGAGUCCCCUUGUGGCGAAUAUGGAUUCGUUAUUUCAUGCAAUUUAAUAUAAUUGAUCUCAUAGCUACUAACAAAAAUAAUUGAGAACUGAAAAUAUUGGAAUAUUGCUAUAUUUUGUCCAUAUGGUCAUAUUCACAUCGGUUUAAAAUGUCAUUUCAAGGUUCCAUGGUGUAAUGGUUAGCACUCUGGACUCUGAAUCCAGCGAUCCGAGUUCAAAUCUCGGUGGAACCUGUCUUUUUAUGUGUUUGUACCCUCCACAAGGGUACGGGCUGUAUUCAAGCAGCAUGCACGUUAAGUUACUCGCCAAGCGUCGCUGAGCUGACAAGCAUCUGAUCACGUUAGUCAACUCAACAGUCAUACCGACGUCAGUCCAACAUGGCGGCACACAUAGUACGGCAGUGUUAUUUACUCUGCCGUCGUGCUGGAGAACAUGUGAGUCCACCGCAUGAACAAAUGAGGAACGUUGUAAUGAGAGGCGUUAACAACGCUUUGCAGCAGACUGUCGGUUACGGGACACGGCGGACUGACACCAUUCAGGAUGCCCACGUGCACAUUCCAGUGGACCGCCUGACGGUAUCGUACAGCAAAAGCAGUGGUCCCGGUGGUCAGCAUGUCAAUAAAGUCAGCACGAAAGCAGAGGUUCGAUUCCACGUGCGGACAGCCGACUGGAUCCCAGAAGAUGUUCGACAGAAUAUCUUUGAAAAGAACAAAAACCGCAUCAACAAGGCCGGGGAGCUGCUGGUGACCUCAGAGCUGAGCAGGAGUCAGCAGAGAAACCUUUCCGAUUGCGUCCAGAAGAUCGCUGCCAUCCUGGCCGAGGCCAGCGAGAGGCCUCGCGAACCAACAGCAGAGGACGUGGCCCUCAGGGCAGCCAGGAUAGAGAAGGGGAACACGGAGCGACUCAAACAGAAGAAGAUCAAUUCAGCUACCAAGAGGAGCAGACGAGUGGAGUUUGACUGAUUUCACUGUUAACGUUUCUACCUCCCAUGAUUGUAUUGUCAACAAUUGCAUAUCUUUUUGUACGUCCCACGUUAAUUAUUGUGUCUUUCAUUUCCUGUACAAUAUAAUUAAGUAGAAAUGUACUAAAUACCAUAAAUAUACAAAACCAGUAAUGCUUGUUUUUGAAUAA